GAGAGUGGAUAAAUUGAGGCAGGUGAGAGUGGACACGAGACACUGAGAAGGAGCGCGGCAGGCACCGGCAGCCCACCUGCAUUCAGCUCCACUUUUACCAGACUCCUAAAAGGAGGACAUUACAUUAUCAAGAGGAUUGCUGACAGCUCCAGAGCUGAUAAUGCAUUUGUGUCCUUAGGGAGGCAAAGUGAUGAGAAGAUAAAAGAGGAAUCACUGGAACAGGGAUAACACUAGAGCUCAAGUUAUCAGAACAGUGAAUCCCACGAGGAAGAGAGUUGAAGACCGUAUUCCUGGGAAAUGGAGCCGAGCCCUGCGGUGUGGCACACCCAGGUGGUCCCGCUAGAAACAGACCUGGAGAGGGUGAGCACUCAUCCCGAGUGCUCCAUCUGCUUCAACACCUACGACAACGUCUUCAAAACACCAAAACAGUUGGACUGCACUCACACCUUCUGCCUCGAGUGCCUCUCCCGCAUUAUGACCACCUCCAUGGACCCCCAAAACUCUAAAAUCUCCUGCCCUUUCUGCCGCCAGCCCACUACCAUCCCAAAAAAAGGGCCUCCGGCUUUGACCACCAGCCAGGAGGUGCUGUGUCGCCUCCCCAUCCACCAGCAGCAAGAGGAGCCCGUGUGGAUGGACGGAGAGAGGCUGUGCUACCAACGGCCAAUAGAUAUUCCAGGCGUGCCAGCAUUCUGCAUCUGUGUCGAUAUUGGCGCCAGUGGACAAAGCGGCGUAUCUUCUUCCCAAACUCGACCGCGACUUGGGCUUCUUGAACGGCUGAUGGAUUGGAAGCGUUUGCUGCUCUUUAUAUUCCUCAUGAUGCUGCUGCUGGGGAUCGUUCUGUGGCCCCUGCAGUGCAUCGUCACGACGGGCUCCAUGCGCUGUGCGCCCCAGAACUUGGAGACAUCUACUACCACACCUUCUACUACUACAGUCAAUGUAUAAGCGAGACAGACACGUCUAGAUGGAUAUUGGACUUGCUAAAUCACGAUGACCGGUGUCAGUUUACAUCCAUAGCUUUGUGCAAGGCCUGCUGGGUGCUAAAGGACUAAAGGCAAGCAGCUGGACUGCAGUGAAGACUGAAGAACUGUAUCGGGAUCAUGUGAAGGAGCGUGACAAAACUGAUGAUCAACAUUGAUCAAAAGAACAUUUUUACAAAACAAAAGCAAAAACGAUACAAAGUACGGUCACAUUAGCGAAGUUCUGGUGCAAAUUUGCGAGCAAAAAAGGUCCAGUCAGUAGUGUAAUGAUGUGAUUAAAAGAAACUUGCAAACCAAGCAAUUCGCGAAUUCACAUUACCAACAUCACGAGUGAAAUCUGUUUUGAGAAACUUGCAAAGAUCACACAGAUUCAGACUUCGCCCAUGAGAAACAGUAAAUGUGGCCGCAACUCAAUCCAAAGAAAACGAUGUUUUUUACUUGUACAUUUAUGUAUAUAUUUUAUUUGAUAGUAUUACAUUCCAUGAAGAGUAUUUUGUUUACAAAAAAUAUUAAACCGCACAAGGAAGUUCAAGGAAUGGUGUCAUGAAAUGUUUUUCAGUUUUAAUAGGUGCAAUAUUCAUGAUAUGACUGAUAACUCAGGUCGACGCACAAAAGAAAGGAAAAGCAAACAGGUUCACGUGGCUCUAUUUUAUCACUUCCUGCUCUGCAACGGUUAAACGAACACGCCUCAAAGAAUAACCGUCUGAAACCUAAGCCCUGCAGCGAUGGGUGCUCUGAACACACUCACACCAACGUGAACUAUUCCACUGUGAUGAAUGAUCAGUU